UGCGCAUCGCUUAUUCUGUGACUACCCGAGGAUUCAGUCUACGCUGUACCUUGAACCGUAGCGCGUGUGUGUGUGCUUACUUUGUUUCAGUCAGGGGUAUAAAGAGAAGGUUAAAAUGGGGCUGCCACGUCUGAAGACUUGUUGUUUCAUAUUUGAUUUGAAGACUGGAAAUAUUAUCCUGGGUUGUUUCAAUGCGAUCCUGACAUUUACGAUGUUGGUUAUACUGAUCACGGAGGCAGCGAUGGUCGGCACCAUCAACGCUGAUGACGGAAACAUGGAUCCAGAGGUGCAGUCAGCAAUCACCGGUCUUUACGUAAUGAGCAUUCUGUUGGUGUUUCUCUUCAUCGUCAAACUUGUUUCGGAUAUCGUAUUUAUUUACGGCGUUGUUAAGGAGCGGCCCGGUAUCAUCAAGUCGUACUUCAUCACGUGGACUGUCUUCUUCCUGUUAUCAUUGUUCAUUUUCUUUUUAAACUGCUACAAAUACAGCCCGGGGACUAUUUGGACUGAAAUGCUUUACAUUGGUGUCAACACAUACGACAUACUUCUGGGCUAUAGUUUUUACAAACAACUAAACGUUAGAGAAGAGAUUUAAGUCACAGCGCACGAUAACAGAUGGCGCUGUAAAUUUUACGACUACUCGUGUUACUUUUGUAGGUAUUUUAAUAUUUAUGAAUACUUAUUUUGUAAUUACAAUUAAAUUUAUUAAAUAAUCUUAUAAAGUGUAGCUAUUGUGAUACGCCUAGCACAAUCGCAGGUUUUUAUAAAACGAUGAUAUUUAUAUUUUAUAGCUAUUUUAGUCCAUUAAUCGAGCUUUUUGUGAUCGAAAAUGUAUGUAGGCAAUCUUUAUAAAUUCCAAAUAUCAAAUAAAUUACUAACUCACAUAUUAAAAACAUCUAGACUUAUCUACUAUUUACUUACAUAUAUUAUAUUAUAUACUUUGCAGAAAAGAGUAGGUACCCGGUACGAAUUAUUAAAUGUAUGAUUAUUUUCGGUGCGAUUUAAAGUAAUAAUUACUAAUAAAUGAUUUUAUCAUUCAUAAUCAAGAUAUACCUAAUGAUUUGUUAUUUUUACACGAAAGUUAGACAUUUAAAUGAAACUAUUUAUCGGAUUUUAUCGCGGUUUUAUUAUAUUUUUAUUUGUUUCGAAGACUUUGCAACUUUCAUGGUCAAGGAAAGGAUUGAGGUGUUGGUCGUCCGAAAUAUAAAAGUUACGAUAUUUACCUACAUUUUACAAGUGUACAAUUUUUUUUAUUGUUUUGCUAUUGACGGUCCGAUCUACGCAGAAUGAGCUAAUAGUGUCUUGAAGUCUGACAACCGGUCUUUUGGGUUCGGUUUCUUGUUUAAUUAUAUAAGAAUCUAAUUAAACGAGGAACAGGAUCCCAGGCUUGUAUAAGCUUCCAACCAUCUUCUCUAUUGAAAUUUGGAUAUUUCAAUAGUCUCGUAUAUCAUCCUAGUAUUUGGCAAUGAUUUGUAACAAGUAAUGAUUGCAGUCUUCUGCCGAGUGUUCAGCAAGAUCUGCAGUUCCAGUUGAAAAGAUUAUAAUACAGAAAACCGCGAUAAAAUCCAAAAAAAAAUCUUAUUUUAAGAUACACCUAAUAACACAUUGCCUAUAUUUGUAUCUGUAAAAUGAUAUCACCAAACAGGUACUAACCGCAAAAUUGAAAUGAUAUAUCAUAAUAUACAGAACAAUGCAAUUAAAUACCGAUUGAAUAAAAUCAGUAUGUUAUAUACAUAAUAUAUCAACAGUUGAAAGGCCACUCGUAAUUGUCACAAGCGACAAUUCUUUGCGACACUAAGAUUCAUACAUACCUAUUUAUAAUCACCACCUCUUCUAUGGUUUUUUUAGCUAGUUAAUUUUUUUCGCAAAAGAUGUCGCUUAAUUCAAUUGGAUAUUGGCCUUUUAACCGACAAUAUUAUAUGAAAUUAGUUUAGAGACUUGCAUACCGUUUCUACAAUUCGUUCUCACGCGAUAUCUCUGAUGUAUAUUUAACGCAAUAUGGGUAAAUGUUCUUGUAUGUAUAUUUAAUUUGAUAUAUAAUUUACAUUAUUUCGAUGGCUCUUAAGUAAACUAUCGUAUCUGGAAAAAUAGCGUAAGUACUGUGUACUACUAAAUCUAUUAAAAAAAAGUUAGUAAAUGAUUGGUAAUGAAGUGUUUUUUCGUUUCAUAACUUUUGAAUUAAAUGUGUUUGGCAGUAAACAGAGGGCCUACCAUCAUCUUUUAUCGAGCGACUCAGUAUUGAUUCAGUUCAAUAUAGGUUCCUAAACUGAAUCGGGUUAUUUCGUACCAUCAUGUCAUUAACUCACUAUCCCAUUUCAGUCGGAACUCGGUGGAUGAGUGAAUGAAAUUUGUCUCUGGUCUGUUCGCUACAUAACAAAUUAAAAAGGGAUAGCCCUAUACGCACUGUAUAAGUGUGUUUCGCUUGUUCAAUACUUCGAGUUCUGCGUUCCGAAACCUUAGUUAGUUAUUUCCCGAUAAGUUGCUGUUUAUUUUGUUAAAAGCAAAAAAUUAAAAAUGACUAAUAUAUACGAGCUGUUAAUAAGUUAAUUGAAAGGCGGGUAUUAACUCGCUACAAAAUUAAUUUAAUACCUUGAUUUAGGUGAAAAUAUUUCAUCGUUUGUAUUAUUAUAAAACUAAAUUUAGAUUUCUGUUUCGAGUUAAAAACGCACCUCUCGCUUUUGACAACAGUGUCGAGUUGCGCGGUUAUUGUUUAUGUUUUAAAUUCUUAUAGUGUUAAACUGUGUUGUGAUUAAAGUUUUUUACUUUUGUGUUGUGUAAUAAAUAAUGGCGUAAGUAUGCGUGCAAGUUCUAAUGCAUUUUUAACUAAUUAUUAAACUGUGAAAAAAAAGCAAUUCUAAAAAUAUAUAACUUUAAGAAAUAAAGUUAUUUAAGUGCCCCUUGUUUUAUAAUUUACAGUGAGUUGUCUCGUCGAAGAGUUAAUUAUACUCAAUAGGAGAAAUUAUGGGAAAUUUUAUUCCAAAAUAAAUCAUUCGCAACGGGAUACAACAAAACUUCCUCAGCUAGAGAAUUUUCGAGUGUUUUUGCCCGAACGCAAGUCACAAGUGGCCACUUAUACUUUCUAGAAGCACACAUGCUGCAACACUAUUACAUUUUAAAACUGAUAUUGCUCAUUUUUUGUGUUUAAUAACAAACAAGACCAAUCCAGGCACAAAAAUACUAACUUGUUUUGAAUCGCUUAUUUUGACAGAAAACCGACCCAGUUUAGGUUCCAUUGUACAUAAUGGUACGACAAAGAACGAAUGAUAGUAGAUUCCGAUUCAAUAUUGAACUUGAUUAGGCGGUGACGUAUAUUGGUCGUGUUUGACGACAUCAUGGUACAAAAUAGCGAACCAGUUCAGUUUAGGUCCUGAACUGAGUCGGAAUAAGAGAUGAUGGUAGGCCCACAGUACCUAGAUAUCGAAACGCUAAGGCUGGUGGCAGGUCUCUCAUAUGUGAGAGUCCGUUUGGGUAGGUACCACCACAAUGACUAGUUUGCCGCCAAGCGAAGUGUGUAGUCACUGUUGUGUUCCGGUUUGAAGGACAUUGUAGCCAGUGUAACUACCUCACAUAAUGAGACUUAACAUGUCAUGUCUCAGGGUGGCGAGCGCGGUGGAAUACCAAAUAAUACUUUGUAAUUCACGGUGUUGGAUGGUGUUUUUAUUGUUUAUGGGUGAUCGUUUCGUUACUAUCAGGCGAACGGCAGGCCUGUCUGGUCAUUCAAACAAAAAAAAAUAAAAAAAAAUGUGAAUGUCGCAAUUUUUCCAGAUACGACAGUUUACUUAGGACCCAUCGAUUAUAUAUAUAAUUAAUCUAGUCAUUUAUGUAAAGCUUAUGUAUGUUGUAAAGUUGUGUCUUCACCUGUAAAUGGUGUUUAGAAUUAAAGCACACAAUAUUAAGCCGGUAAUGAGCGAUAUGUGUAUAGCAUUACAACAUGAAUGUAAUAUUUAGUUAUAGAUUAAAUGUUGAAAUGGGGUGAAUCGGUAUUGAACUGGCCUAAGAUCACACAAUUGGCUCGAUCCAAUUAUUAUUUGAAGCUCAAUUGCCAACAUUUGACAGUAGUUUAUUUAAAAACACGAUGUUGCUCGCGGCUCCGUCUGCGUGAAAAGCGUUUCUGGGUAAAAAGUCUAAUAUACUGGAGGGAUUCAUAAGGCUACCUGAACGAUCAAAUGACGCAAAAAAACCUGGCCAUUCCAAAUAUUUAUAUAAUUAAGUAUCGGUAUAUUUGUCGCUUAGAUUUGGUGGCCCUUCAAGCGUAGAUAUUUAUUUUCAAUGCAAGUAAAUUUCUGGGAUAAAAAGUGGCCUAUGUGUUAAUUCAGGACUCCAUAAGUCGGCUGUUUUAUCCGCGUGCCAAACUUUAUCCAAAACUGUAUGGCUGUUUUUGCGUUUACUUCUAACAAGCAUCCAAACGUAUCACAAACUUUCGUAUAUUUUUUUUGGCCGGGCACGGCAUAGUGACCUCACUGCACCCGAUGGGAUGUGGGGUCCUAUAGAAUAUCACCCUAGAUUACCCCUCGACAGUUGACACAAUAAUGCUGGCCUGUUGGAACCGGUAUACACGGCCUGAUCCCGAAACACGAAAUACUUACGUGCCACUAAACGUGGUUUUUAAUACUUUGUGUAGGGUUAUCGCUAUCCGGGCGAAUAUGAAAUAUAUCUUACCACCAGCAAAUAUUGUUAAAAGUAAGAUAAUAUUCAAGAAAACUAAAGUAAGUUUGAGUUUAACAUAUAUUUCUUGACCCACCAUAUUUUAAAAUCCUUUAAACUACCUAGUAGCAUGUAAUUGAACUAUGAAAUUCUUGGCCAUCUGUUAGAGUCCUCUAAGCCCAUAUCAAAGUAAUUUUAGUAUCGUUCCUUAAGAAUGGGACUGUUGAAUAUAUUUAUGUCUUUUGGAUGUAAUGAGGAAUGACAUAUCUAAAUGAAUAAGAUAAAAAAGUUUAAAGAGUUUCAACAAAAACAAAAACCAUUAAUGGGCUUUUAAGUGGGUUUUUGUUGGCCUAGCCUACCUGAUCCUUCCUCUUCGUAGACAAAAUUCAUUACCAUUCGUGUUGCAGAUAGUAACAUUUUAAAUAAACUGCUCUAAACAACAAUAAAAAAACCAAUUGUAUUUUUUCUUCUCUUUAUUAUGUACUGUAGUCCAAACCUUGGAACUGAUUUUGAAAAGAGCAACACUAGAGUUUCUUGCCCGAUCAUCUCUGGUGAGAACUGCUUUCUAAACUGGUGAUAGAGUUAAUAUUGACGGAAUCUAUAUAACGCAUAACAUUUUACGGGUUCAAAUAAAUUAUUUCAUUUCAAUAGAUUGUAUGUGGUUUCUAUAAGUGCGAAUUUAGAUCGCUAACUUGUUUUGUAAUACAUGUAAAUUUAUUUUGGAACACAAUGUAUUAGAGCAGUUAAAAUUACGACGUAUUCAGAUAUUAAGGACAAUAACCUCACUGUGCCAUGUUUGUAUCUUGAAAUAUAAUCUAAUUGGUGUUAA